ACCAACAUCAUUAUUGGACUUUUGAGCGUACGAUUGGGACAUAGCUUGAAAGGAUAGACUAUUUUCUUUUAUUUUUAUUACUUAUUUGAUUUAUUUGAUUCUUUGAUUAUUGUUACCAAGUUUUUCUAUGCAUGCUAUCUUAAUCAUUAACCGUGCAGGAUCUCUGAUCUUUCAUCGCGAAUAUGGAUCGGCUCCUACAUCACUAACGCCAAAUGAGUACUUAAUUUUAGCCGGUACCAUCCAUGGUGUUCAUGCCAUCUCUACACAAAUCAGUCCUUUACCAGGAUCAUCUGGAAUUCAAUGCUUAGAGGCUUCAACAUUCAAUAUGCACAUCUUACAGACACGUACAGGAGUCAAAUUUGUGCUAUUUACGGACAAGAAAAAUACCAACGUGCUACCUCAUCUACAAAAGUACUACGAGCUUUACGCAGACUACGUUCUGAAAAAUCCUUUUUACACUUUGGAAAUGCCUAUUAAAUGCCAAAUAUUUGAAGAACAGCUGAAAAGAUACAUAGAUUCUCAUUGACAGUCAUUUUAAUCAAACAAACCGAAUCCCAUCUGAAAAGGGUUAGUAAAUGUAAAGAUACAGAAUAAAGUUGAAGCAUGACUAGAAAGGAACUGUCCGCUCUCAGUCUAGGAUAUGCUUAAAUAAAAACUUACAUCUUCAUCUGACUCUUCUUCGGCCUUGGCCUCUUCCUUCUUCUCCUCGGCAGGAGCUUCACCAGCGGAGGCAGGGGCACCAGCAGCAACAGGGGCAGCGGCAGCACCAGAACCAAUGUUCAAGAGGAGUUCCUUCAAGUCCUUGCCCUCAAGAGCCUUGGCAAAGAUAGAAGCCCAGAUGGGUUCAACUUCGACAUUAGCAGCCUUGGUCAAAGCCAAAAGCUUGUCAGACUAUUACAAUUAGCAUUCUGAUAUUUGUUUCAAGAAAGCAUAAAUGACGACAAGACAUAAACUUGGCAUUCAUCUAAAAAAAGAUCCAUUCGCGAAUCGAUUUUACCACAAAAGAGGAAAAUUCGCAUGAAAUACCGUUUCAGUUUCAUCUCUCUCGCCAUCUGAAAACACUUACGGAAAUUUCGAUACCCUCGUCAGCCAAGAUGAGAGCGGAGUAACUUGUAGCAAGUUCAGAGGCAGACAUUUUGGUGUUUGUUAAAGAUAAACACUACUUCCAUGGUGGUGUCUAUUGUUGGGCACAACAAAGUGACUGCCUUUUUCCGAACCCUACCCUAUUGUUUACAGAACUAACUCUCCGGGUGAAAUAUAGGGAAUAGGAGAAAAUGGUGCGGAUGAUGUUUGUAGUGUAUCGCUAGGGAAUUGUUCAAAAGGAGGAGAAUGAAUAUAGUAAGACAGAACAGCAUUGUAAGCAGCCUAUAGUCGUUAGCAUGUGUAUUAUCAAAAAUCAUAAUUCAAACAGUCGCUGGACAGUGUGCAACAUGACAAACCAACAUGGUGUAGCGCUCUGUUUUCUAUAUAUCGAUGGUGAAAUUCUCACCGAAAAAAACUCAAAGCCGUGCGUCAUUCGUCAACUGUUCCAACUGUUCCAACAUGUCCUAACAGAUUCUUUCCUGUUCAUUUUUGGUCUUACGUACCUGCUGUUCGGCUAGAUCCAUACUACUUGCUUGACCUUGACCAAGACAGAAUGGACCAGAAUAAGCUCCAAUGAUGAAGACAGGCUCCCUGGUUUUUCGACCAGUUUCUGCAUCUACUCUGUAAACAGGGUCUUUGAGCUUGAGUCUCCUACAUAAUCGAGACAGUUGUCUGCGCGGGUAUAGAAUUUGUAGCAUAGUUCGUGGUUCUAAUUGACGAGAGAAGAUAUGACUGUCAACGAACUGUUUGGAUGCUUUGUAACCCUAUAGAAUAGGCAUGAGUAAAUGAAUCAAAAUGAAAGAAAAACCUUUUUUACUUACCCCUUCCA